AUGGAUGCGGUCAUAAAUCUUUAUAAGACCGAAGAAUUGACUGGGGACUGGGAAGUAGAGGAUAGUGACGAAGGCGCCACGACGAACGGAGAUCUUGCCGAACCAUGCGACACAACUACCAGCGCUGACUCAGAGAUGCUUCUGCCUGAAGAAAUUGUAGCAGCGGCUGUGACCGCUGGGGGGAUGACCACUACUGCUGCGGCUUCAGACAUAGCUGAAAGAUACAUGAGCUCUCUUCGAGCACAGAGUAGUCUACAUGGGACGAUAGGCGAUCAAGUCACUAACGCAUAUGACGCUAAGGCCAAGUAUGGAGUGUUCUCCCUCUUUUUCACUGCUGCAUUCAAAGAUCGGUUACAGAAGUGGACGUCUGGCGUGCUUCUUGCAGGUGGCCACUCCAAGGUCAGCGAAAGUGAGUUUAACGCUUACUUAGGCCUUGAAAUUGGAAUGAGCAUCUGCCCUAUGAAUGAAAUAGCGGAAUUUUGGUCUGAUCGUCGCUUUUAUUGGACAGCCCGCUUUUAUUGA